CCCAUCACACCGGCAACCGAACGUUCAUUGGACGUUCGAACAGCUGGUGACGGUGUUGUCAGCGCGCGGCGGCGGUUCGUGUGUUGUUGUGGUUUAAAGAUGUCUCGUGCGGGGUUGCGCUGCCCGGACUGCGGCUCCUCCAACGUUGUGGACGAUGAGCUGUACUGUCAGGCCCAGACGGUGUGUGUGGACUGCGGCUCCGUGGUGUCCGAGGGAGCGCUGACCCACGAACCGUUCGGAGGUCCAGAAAUCAGCUACAGCCGAACCACAGCCGUGGCCAAAAGGCCGUGUGUAAACCUGAUAAAGGGUCUGCAGCGUGUCACUGCCAUGUGUCGGAUUCUCAGGGUCAACAAAGAGAUCGAGGAUCUCUCACAGACUUAUUUCAAUCAGGCAUAUGAGCACAAAAGUUUCAUCAAAGUGACCUUCCAGAAGAAAGAAGUUCUCGCUGGGUGCUGUGUGCUCGUAAGCUGCAGACUGCUCAAUUGGCCCCUCACCACGGGAACCAUCAGCUGCCUGCUGGAUGCCGACCCGAUGGUGGUGGGCGCGGUUUAUAAAGAAAUGGUCAAGAUUCUCAACAUCACGGCUCCGAUCGUCAACGUGGCGGAUGUAGUGGAGGCCCACAGUCAGGAGUACAAAAUUAGCUCACUUCAUGUUCCUGAAGAAUUGGCUGAGAACUCCAAGGACCUGACCCAACGUGCCUUGGCCCUGGUGGAGCUGGCAGCAGAUACCUGGAUUGUGACUGGUCGGAAGCACAUCCCCAUCAUGAUGGCGGCGAUAUAUUUGUCUUGGCAGUCCUUGAAGCCCAACAAGCACCGCCUGAAAUUCUCUCUGGAAAAAUUCUGUCAGAUGGCCAAAGUACAUAAGCACAAACCUGCUUUGAAGAGAAUCGCUGAGAUAAAGGAGGUACUGUGUAAGCUGGGUAAGGAGAUUCCCUGGGUCAGGGAAGCGGUGACACCAGAUAAUGUUGUUCAGCAGGUGGAGGAUAUUCUACAGCACAGGUACGCCCUGCUAAGGAGGGCUCUGAGAACCCACGAGGACGCUCUAACUGAGGAGACCGCUCCCUCCCAAACCUCAGAGCUGGCAGAGCAGGCUCCAGAUGUAUCCGCUGUGGAGCAAUGUGAGCCGGACACUGACAGGGCCCAGCGACCAGGAGAUGGAUGCACAGUAUCUGAGCUGCACAGUGACAGUCAGGAGAGCCAAGAUCCAUCAGCAGGCUGGGGGAAGAGAGUGCUGUUUGCUCCCCCGUGUGUGAUCCAUGCUAAGAAAAGGAGGGCGGAGCAGCCUGAGCUCAAGGAUGUGACUGGUGAUGAGGAAAUCUCCGACAGUGAAAUCGAGUCGUACAUCCGCACUCCUCGGGAAGUUCGAGAUUUUGCUCUGACACAGAAGAUAUUAGAGAUAGAGAACUCCUAACCAGUUGUGUAUAGAGACCAAUAUUCAGUUUGUUGGUUAUAGCUGUUCGAUGCAAGUAUCUCAUUCUAAGGAUGCAGGUAUCUUAUUUCCGUAAGCCUUGGUUCAUAUAGAGAUGCUACAACCUUUUUUAUGUUGUAUCCAGUAACAGACUGUAUCUGUUUAUUGCUGUGCUGUUUAUACUUGCUUUUCUACUAAAUAAAGUUAUUGGACGCAUCA